CUUCCUCUUCUCGCUUCUCACAGCUGUUGGUGGAGGUGCGGGGCGGGGCGGGGCCGGACACACCAGCAGAGCAGCAGGGCCGAGCAGAACAGAGAAGACAGUUGCCGAAGAGACUUCGACGCGUUUGGACUGAAGAGCAUCGACACUAGGUUCAGGAUGGUGCGCGCCGUGCACAUGCUGGCGCUGGCCCUGGCGGUGCUGGUCGCCCAGGCCGCGGCGGUCCCCGCCAAAAGCCAGAGCCAAAGCCGCAAUCCCUCGCCGUCGCGGUCCCCGUCCCCCGCCAGGCCCGGCUCCCCGUCGGCUGCUUUCGGCGACGCCGGCAAGAAGGCCGGCCUGGAGAUCUGGAGAGUCGAGAAUUUCGCGCCAGUUCCGUACCCCAAGAACGACUACGGCAAGUUCUACUCCGGCGACUCGUACAUCGUCCUGCAGACGCGUGAGAACCGCGGCACCUUCAGCUGGGACAUCUUCUUCUGGCUGGGCAAGGACACCUCCCAGGACGAGUCCGGGGCUGCCGCCAUCCUGUCCGUGGAGCUGGACGACUCGCUGGGCGGCUCCCCGGUGCAGCACCGCGAGAUCCAGGACCACGAGAGCAAGCAGUUCCUGGACAACUUCCCGAGCGGUGUGCGCUACCUCCCCGGCGGCGUUAACAGCGGCUUUCACCACGUGACCAUCAACGCGGGCUCCGACAAGAAGCUGUACCAAGUCAAGGGCAAGAGGAACGUGCGCGUGCGCCAGGUGUACGCCGACGUGUCGUCCAUGAACAGGGGCGACUGCUUCAUCCUGGACACCGGCAAGGGCGACAUCUUGGUGUACGUCGGCGGCAGCGCCAAGCGCGUGGAGAAGAUCAAGGCGACCCAGGCCGCCAACAUGAUCCGCGACCAGGAUCACCACGGCCGCGCCAAGGUGUCCAUCAUCGACGAGUUCAGCCCCGUCAUCGACGUGGAGAACUUCUUCAAGGUCCUCGGUAGCGGCGCGCCGGGCAAGGUGCCUGAGGAGGCUGCCGGCGGCGACGACGCCGACUUCGAGAAGCAGACCGACUCCACCGUCGUCCUGUACAAAGUGAGCGACGCGACGGGCAGCCUCAAGGUGGACAAGCUGGCCCAGAAGCCCCUGAGCCAGAGCGAGCUCAGCACCAACGACGCGUUCGUUCUGGAUGCGGGGGCCUCUGGCAUCUACGUGUGGGUGGGACGCAAGUCCACCAAGGAGGAGAAGGCCGAGUCGAUGAAGAAGGGCGAGAAGUACCUGGCCGACAACAAGUACCCCAGCUGGACCAAGAUUCAGCGUGUGGUGGAGGGAGCAGAGCCGGCUGGAUUCAAGCAGUACUUCGGUGACUGGAGGGGAUGAGCUACAGCCAAAGAGCAACUGAAAGCAGUCUUUUAAAAAUAUUUAUUCGAUCGU